UGCAGCAUGCACAAAAUCACAUCCCCCAACAACACACAACAUGCAUACACUACACAGCAAAAUGACAUCUUCCUCAACACCAUUGUUGUACCUUUGCCUACUGCUGGUGCCAUGCCUUCUUCUCUUGGAAGAAGCACAUGCGGCGCAUCAUGGAGGGAUCUCACUGAGGUCUCAACACAUGGCCCUUCUCCAUUGGAAAGCUACACUUGCGAACCCGCCGCUGCAGAUGAGCUCUUGGGAGGAAAACACUAGCCCAUGCAACUGGACGGGCAUCAUGUGCACGGCAGUUCGCCAUGGCCGCCGUAUGCCAUGGGUGGUGACCAACAUCUCCCUGCCAGAUGCUGGCAUCCAUGGCCAGCUUGGUGAGCUCAACUUCUCGGCCCUUCCAUUCCUCGCAUAUCUUGAUCUUCAUAACAACAAUCUCCAUGGUAAAAUACCAGCUAAUAUUAGCUCUCUAUCAUCACUAUCUUUUCUUGACCUCCGCUUCAACCAUCUCAAAGGGAAAAUUCCGGUUGAGUUAGGUGGCCUACAGAGUCUCACCCGGCUUGGUCUCUCAUUUAACAGACUCACAGGUCAUAUCCCUGCAUCACUGGGUAACCUAACAAUAUUAACUGAUCUUCUCAUUCAUCAAACCAUGGUAUCAGGUCCCAUCCCCGAGGAGAUUGGAAGGCUCGUCAACCUACAAACUCUACAGCUAAGCAACAGCACCUUAAGAGGUUUGAUACCAAAAGUGAUUGGAAAUCUGACCCAACUGAACGCUUUGGCCCUGUUUGGUAAUCAACUUUCAGGGCCUAUACCUCAAGAACUAGGCAGGCUAGUCCGUCUACAAAUUCUUCAGCUUAAUUCAAAUGCUUUUUCAGGCCCAAUUGCAAUCUCCAUAACCAAUCUCACUAAGAUGAACACACUUUUUCUCUACAUAAAUCAAAUCACAGGUUCAAUACCUUUAGAAUUGGGCAAUCCGAUGAAUCUCCAGAAUUUGGACUUGUCCGACAACCAAAUAUCUGGCUCCAUUCCACUCUGCUUAGGAAACAUAACUAAGUUGGUACUACUAUCUCUCUUUGAAAAUCAGAUAACCAGUUCCAUCCCCCAGGCAAUAGGCAAUCUCAAUAUGCUAAACCAACUUGUUCUCUACAGCAAUCAAAUAACAGGUUCGAUACCCCCAAAAUUAGGCAACCUCACUAUGCUAAAUGGACUUUUUCUCUCUACAAAUCAAAUCACGGCCCCAAUACCUUGAGAAUUGGGCAUCUUGCAUAAUCUCCGAAACUUAGACCUGUCUGACAACCAAAUGACCGGUACCAUUCCCCGAGAGAUUGGCAAUCUGAUGAACCUCGAAUAUCUAGGCUUGUAUCAGAACCAAAUUUCAGGAUCAAUACCAAAAACUUUAGGGAAGUUGCAAAGCAUGCAAGAACUGGAAAUAUAUGAUAACAACUUAUCAGGUUCUCUUCCUCAAGAAUUUGGAGAUCUCAUAAACCUUGUUGGACUUGGACUGUCUAAUAACUCACUUUCAGGGCAUUUACCCGCAAAUAUAUGUUCUGGUGCCAGACUUCAGUAUCUCUUUGUCUCUAACAAUAUGUUCAAUGGCCCCAUUCCAAGUAGUUUAAAGACAUGUACCAGUUUGGUUAAAAUUACACUUGAGGGGAACCAACUAACUGGAGAUAUAUCUCAGAAUUUUGGUAUGUAUCCACAACUCACAAUAAUGCGCUUGACAUCGAAUAGACUCUCUGGGCACAUCUCACCAAAUCUAGGUGCAUCUACCCAACUAACAGUACUACAUUUAGCACAAAAUAUGAUCACAGGUUCCAUACCCCCAACCCUUUCAAAAUUGUCCAACCUAGUAGAACUAAGACUCGAUUUCAAUCAUCUCAAUGGUGAAAUUCCACCAGAAAUCUGCACAUUGGAAAAUCUAUAUAGCUUGAACUUAUCAUCGAACCUUUUAUCCGGAUCCCUACCAACACAGAUAAAAAAGCUGAGCAAUCUAGGAUACCUUGAUAUAUCUGGGAACAAACUGAGUGGAUUGAUACCUGCGGAACUAGGGGCCUGCGUGAAACUACAGUCCUUGAAGAUCAAUGGCAACAACUUUAGUGGGAGUUUGACUGGUGUGAUUGGAAAUUUAGCAGGCCUGCAGAUCAUGUUAGAUGUGAGCAACAAUAACCUAAGUGGUUCGUUGCCGCAGCAACUUGGGAAGUUGGAGAUGCUAGAACUUUUGAAUUUAUCACAUAAUCAAUUCAGUGGCAGCAUUCCAUCUUCCUUUGCAAGCAUGGUGAGCCUUUCAACACUCGAUAUGUCCUACAACGAGUUGGAAGGACCGGUCCCGACAACACGACUACUCCAAAAUGCUUUAGCAAGUUGGUUUCUUCCGAAUAAAGGUUUGUGCGGUAACAUCUCUGGCCUGCCACAUUGUUAUUCAACUCCAGCAGCUAAUCACCAUAAACGGAAGAUACUUGGUUGGAUUUUUCCAACUGUUCUUGUGGUGGCUUUGGGCAUUGUUGUUGCAUUUGUUGUCAUGAUAUUGCUUAGUUGUAACAAGAGAAAACCACAAGAAGGUGUCACUACUGAAGCAAGGGACCUAUUCUCUGUCUGGAAUUUUGAUGGAAGAUUGGCAUUUGAGGAUAUAAUAAGGGCAACGGAAGACUUCAACGAUAAGUACAUCAUUGGAACAGGAGGGUACGGCAAAGUCUACAAGGCACAACUCCAAGACGGGCAGCUAGUUGCUGUGAAGAGGCUUCAUCAGACCGAACAAGGUUUGGAUGACGAAAGAAGAUUUCGUAGUGAAAUGGAAAUCUUAUCACAGAUCCGACAACGAAGCAUUGUCAAAAUGAAUGGAUUCUGCUCCCAUCCAGUGUAUAAAUUUAUCGUCUAUGACUACAUUCAGCAGGGAAGCCUCCACGACACAUUGAAAAAUGAGGAACUAGCAAAGGAAUUGGAUUGGCAGAAGAGAAUUGUUGUUGCAAAUACUGUGGCUCAAGCAAUAUCUUAUUUGCACCACGAUUGCAGUCCACCUAUAAUCCAUCGAGAUAUCACAAGCAACAACAUCUUACUUGAUACAUCUUUCAAGGCUUUUGUCUCGGAUUUCGGCAUGGCAAAGACUAUUAAGCCAGAUUCAUCAAACUGGAGUGCACUAGCAGGAACGUAUGGCUACGUAGCUCCUGAACUGUCGUACACAUCUGUUGUGACCGAAAAAUGUGAUGUCUAUAGCUUUGGCGUUGUUGUGCUAGAGCUAGUGAUGGGCAAGCAUCCAAGGGAUCUCUUAGAUGGUAGUUUGACAAGCGGGGAAGAAGCUAUGCUGGUGAAAGAUAUUAUAGACCAACGACCGACGGCACCAACAACAACAGAAGAGAAUAGCUUAGCUCUGCUCAUCAGGUUGGCCUUUUCUUGCUUGGAAUCUUCUCCACAUACAAGGCCAACCAUGCGGGAGGCAUACCAAACACUCAUCCAGCGACCCUCUUCUAGCUCCUGCCCCGUGCAUUUCAGCGCACUUACAUUACAGCAAGGUAUGCAUGUUGGUAUAUAAUCCGAAUUCUGGUGAGACGCCAAGGUCCAGCGUAGCGGAAUCCAAUUUAGGUUUUCGUUUUGCCUCGAGUCACUCAUAUGCCAUCUAUAUAUGUUGAAGUUUGUAAUCCUGUCAUGUCAUCUCAUAGGUUUUAUUUCUAGCAAAAAUAAAAACCAGUCCAUGCAGCAUGUUCACAACAUGGCUGGGUCAGUAGCUACAUGUUGUUACGAUCCCCUCGCGGGAUGCCACGAGUACCAUCCGUAGCCGGUUAGAACUUGAGGCAUCGUCAAGGGACGUGGGGUGGCCCGUCCAUGAAGCUUGGUCAUGUUGCAAGAUUAGGAUCCUUCCAUUAGUUAAUUGAGCUAAUGAGCUAUUUAAAUAAAGAGGAGAACAAAGCAAAUCAGAAAAGCUGCAACGUUUUACAUGGCGCAAAUAUCCUGAGUGUUCGCUGAUUCUUCUCCCUCCCGUCUCUGCUCCAACAAUAUAUACCUCAGGAUGAGUUCAUGACUCAUUGUAAGCCUAUGUAUUUGUAGACACUCUAGAUACAGUGAAAGUGAAAGAUCGCCGUCGUACACUAGUGUUUUUUCGUGCAAGGGUUUUCAACAAAAAUAUUAUUGUCCUGUGUGCUUGAUAUUUCUCUGUUUUUAUACUUGUCUAUUUUUACCAAUGCAUAAAUACAAUUUGUUUGGCCGGUUGCUUGUAAAAUGUAUGCGGUCUCUAUGCUUACAUUUAUUUAGAUGUAAUACUCACAUGUAACCCUUUGUUUAUGUUGUUGUCUGCAAGGGUAUACUUGAAAUGGUGUACUAAUGAUGCCAUAUUUAUCUAUUAUUGCUCCCAUGCAUGAACCUGAGGACAAAAAUCGGAAUCCAAAACUAACGCGAUACGAGCGGUCACACUUUAUUGCUAACUAGGAAUCAAGAACAAACACAAGGAUCAGGUGGUUCAUGUGUAAACAGAAACAGAUAAAUGUAAGCACGCAGAGCUAGAUGCAUAAAAAGGAAAAUUAUCAAUCCCUUGUUGACUACAGGAUCCAAAUUCGGGAGAUUAGGUGGUGUACCGUCACGAUUUACAAAAACCAUCAUUCUUGGGACAUUUUCCAAAUAAGCUUUUCUCCGGAACACCACGUAUACAAGCCUUGACUGGAUUCUGAAUUACUUCAAUAAUGCACAUGGUCCUCCAAUGGGUAGCGGCCACUUCCCCGAUUAUGACGAUAAGAAAUCUGCGUACUUCAAGCACAUUCAGAAUUACAAUCCAAAUGGUCAUUCUUCCGACCUCUUUGGCAUUCCCAUGGUCAAGUUAGUUGAUAGGCCAGAUUCUUAUAGAGCAAAUAAUUUAUUUCCCGAAUAUAAGAAGGGUUAUAUGUUCAAGUAUGGUGGACCAAGUGGUUGUGUUGGUUGAUGAGUGUUGCCAUUUGGAAUCAAUAAAUAAAAGAUUUGUUACUUAAUUGUCAAAGACUGUACCUUAUUUCAUUUAUUUUGUUCAAACUUGGUCUUCAUGUUGAUUACACCAUCGUCCCUAGUUUAUUAAAUUAUUGGUUUUCACUGUGCACCCAACACACGUGCACUUCUGACAGGAGCUAGGUGACGAUAGUAAGUCAAUUUAAUGAAGCCUCAAAGCAGCAAAGACCAUAUGAUCAUACCUCUAUCGG